AUGGAGAAAUACCACUCCAUUCAUCAGGAGGAUAUCUCUAGCUUCGACCUCCCUUCCACACAUCGAUUGCCUACAGUGUCCGCCGCUGACGCACUGGAAGAAUUAGAUGGCGGUGUCGCUAGAUAUGUCUCUACUGGUAUUGAACGACUAGAUGGGGCUCUCAUAUCCUCUUCAUCUCUUCAGACACCAGAUACGAUAAGCGGGGGAGGCCUCCAGAGAGGACAGGUCACGGAAAUUUGGGGACCACCAGGCUCAGGCAAGACUGCCGUAGGUAUUCAACUGGUCGCCAAUGCGCUAUGCGAGGGGCAUGGCGCUGUGUGGGUAGGUCGCCUGCCUCACCUGAUAGCACUUCUCUGCCGUCCUACGGCGGCGACAGUGCCGGCGAAUUCGUCUGUGGUUGUGAUAGACUCCUUAUCAGCUUUGGUGAAUCACGCUUUUCCUAAAGCGCCCGACGGUCCAGGUCUAUCAGCGAAGCGGCUGCAAGCUUUGCAGUAUAUCACCAGUGCCCUACAGAAACUAGCAGCAACACGCGACUGCGCAGUGGUGGUCCUGUCGCAAUGUGCAACCAAGAUGCAGUUAGAACGGAGCGCGACAUUGAUUCCAUCCAUUAAUGCUGGGGUAUGGGAACAGGGCAUGUCGACGCGGGUCGUGCUGUUCAGAGACUGGGUAUGGAAGGAAGAGCGACCGUGGUCUGUAUGCUUCGCCGGCGUGCAGAAGCUAGACGGCAAGGCUGGGCCGGACAUGAUGCAGAGCGCAGCGGCGUUUAGAGUUGAGGCGACGGGCUUGGUUGGCGUGCAGUACGACACUAGCCAACCAUCGGUGUUCCUUCCAACAGCUCCACGAGCGAAACGCAAGCUGGCAGAGGCUGGCCUCGAGGUGCCCGAUAGCGAGGAAGAUGACGAAGAAUACGGAUGGGCACGAGAAGAUGAGUCGGCGCUUCCCGGCCCGCCGCCGCAGUGGCAAGGCAGCGAAGACAUCCUCCUGGGGACCCAGGCGGCCGAAAGCGAGGAUGACGGGGGUAGCAACGGAGACGGCCACGGCGAUGGCGGCGACGGUGAUGACGAAGACGACGAGGCAGAAGAUGUGGGUGAGGCAGCGACUAGCGGCCGAGAUAACCAGGUUUUGGCCGAGUAG